AUGUUGUAUGGAAUUCUGAGAGCAUCAAUGGCAGCAGCAUCUGGUCAUCACAUAUAUGAUCAUUUGGUUGCCAAAGGAUAUCCUGAUCACUUGAAAGAUAGUAACUAUACUAAGAAAUACUAUUUAAGCUUUUUGGUAAAAUGUUUUUCAUGGUCAUUAGCAGAAAAACAUGAGAAAAUUUUGUGUCUUCCAGAUGCAGAGAAUAUUGUUAAUCAGUGUCUUCCAAGAAAACAAAAUCAACAGUAUUCAAGACAGUUAGAAGACUUUGAGACUGGGCCCCCUUCUUUGAGUGUACCUCAUUAUGAAGAUGAUCCUUAUUGGACUAGUAACCGAGACCAAGAGAGUGCAAGAGAAAUUCCAGGGGACAUGAAUUACCAUUCUUUUUCAAACAAUAAAAGGGGAGCUCCUGCUGGAAGGGGAAAGAAGCUUAAGAAACCAGAGCCUCCUCUUGUGUUGUCUGGGAUUCCUCGGUUAGAUCACUCGUUUGUUAUGGCCAAGAAGAAUGAUGAAGUUCAAAACAAAGAUGGCAUCUUAUCUGAUCAGGACAAGACUUCCAGCUGUUCCCCUGAACCUUUUGAGAAAUCAAAAAUUAAAUUAUCUCGGAACAAUGCUUUCCGAAGUUUUCCACCAUGUAGCAGUAAAGACCUGUCGUCCCCUGAAGAAAAACAAAUGUUUAAUGACAGAAAACUUACAACCACAAUAGUAGAAGAUCAGAACACUGAAGCCAGUACAAGUGACAAUUGUGACUCUAAACGGGAUUUGGAAUUAAACCAGCAGUCAUGCAGUCCCUCUCAGGGUGGUAAAGAUCAAAGUCUAUGUGACCUAGAAAGGAAAAAAAAUGAAGAAAGACGAGCUGAUCCAACUUCUGAAAUACCCUUAAAGGAUCCAAUAGAAUUAGAAAAAGAAACCAAAAAAUAUUAUGAAGAGCUCUUAGGUGUAAAGGAUACUGAUGAUGAAAUUUCUUCUGAUAAUAAUGCCCCUGAAAAUGCUUCCAUAUCUGCUUCUCAGGUGGCAAGUAUCACUAAGAAGUUUGACUCCUUAGAGACAGAAAAAGCUAAAGAGGAGGAACAGCAGAAAGAGAUCCAGACUGCAUGGUCCAUAUUACACCAAUAUUGGGAAUUUGUCAGGGAAAACCCAUACGACUUCAAUGGGUGGACCUAUCUCUUGACACACGUAGAAAAUAUGGAUAAUCUAGAAGCUGCACGCUCAGCCUUCGAAGGUUUUCUUCCUUUGUACCCAUAUUGUUUUGCAUACUGGAAAAAGCUGAGUGAUAUGGAGGUGAAACAUAAGGAGCUUGAAAGGUCUUUAGGUGUGUUGUUGAUGGGAACACAGUGUAUACCUCUGUGCACUGACCUUUGGAUGCCAUUGCUGGAUAGGUACAUUUCAUACGCAAAGAAGAAAGAGCUUUCACCAGAUAAUGUUAGGCAGCUGUAUGAAUAUGGUUUGCUGAAAAUUGGACAUGCAUGGCACAGCUCCUGUUUUUGGGAAGGUAGCAUCAGCUAUGAACUUCACAAUGGAAACUUAGUUGGGGUUAUGUCUCUCUACAAGCGUCUCCUUGCAACACCUACAAAGUUGUACAAUAAACACUGGGACCACUUUCUUGCUUUGGUUAGAGACCACCAUCCAUGUAAUUUACUGUCACCUGAAGAUUAUGAAGCCCUUCGCAAGCAGACAUGUGAGGAGCUUAAGAUUAAAUAUACUCCAACACGCUAUUUACCUUCAAAGUCGGUGAAAAAGACUCCUCAGCCAGAAGACAAGUUGAGUUCACGUAUGAAAGAGAAACUUGUUGCAUCUUAUAUAAAGACUCAUGAAAGCAAUGAGGAGCAAGUAGAUAAACGCUGGAAAUUUGAGGAAAGAAUAAAGAGGCCUUAUUUUCAUAUUAAACCGUUAGAUAAGAAACAAAUUAAGAACUGGAAAGAAUAUUUAGAUUUUGAAAUUAGUGAAGGCAAUCCAUUGCGCAUUAUUCCUCUGUUUGAACGUUGCUUAGUAGCUUGUGCUCUUUAUGAAGAAUUUUGGUGUCGGUACACAUCUUACUUGGAAAGACAUGUUCAGAAUAUAAUUGAUGGGAAAUAUAGAGAUUCUUUUAAAGGUGAAGAUUUAAGCUCUAGCAUUGAUGAAAAGGAUGCCGGAGCACCAGUGAAUGAAAAUGAAGUGUCUGAGGCUAGUACAAAUGAGAAUAUCCCUUUAUCCAAUGAUGAUGGUCAGGUAAAUAGUGAGAAUGUUGUUGAUAUUAAAAAUGUAGAAAAUACAGACGAUUCAGAGAUGCGGGGCUCUGGUGAAGAUACUGAUUGUGACAGUGUUGCUAUAGUUGAUCAUGAAAACAGUGUUCAGCUUUCGAAUAGUGAUAGUGUUUGUGAACAGAACCUAAGUGCUGAUAACUCUGAGACAGUGAGCUUUGCCAGUGGAGAAUCAAACAACAAAGAUGAACAGGAGAGUGUAGCAAAGUCAGAGCCCCCUACCAUUGAACAAAUUAAAAGUGAACUGUGUGCCAAUUUGAGUUUGGAGGAGCGAGUAUUAAAAUGUGCCCCGCUCACCCCAGAUUGGAUUAUGACCGGGGUGAGCUGGGAGGAUGUGAGACAGAUAUAUCGCCGUGGUGCUUGGAUUCAUUGUCCCAAUAAACCCAGCCUUCUCAUGCAAUGGGCAGAGUUCGAGGAAAUACAAGGGAAUUUGGAUACCGCUAGAGAGCUUCUUAAUACAGCCAUUGCAAAGUACCCUACUUUAUUCAAAUGCAGAAUGCAACUUAUUGAAUUAGAACGUCGAGCAGGAUGCAAUGAACGUGUUGAGGAACUAUAUGGAGAUGCUUCGCGUGCACUCACCUUGCCUCGUCAACGCUCAUGGCUUGCCAUUAAGUAUGCACGUUUUCUUUUCAAGGUGUUGAUGGAAGCUGAUCGAGCUUUAGCAGUGCUUCGCAAAGCCUUAAAGAAAGAUAGAGGAUAUGUGCAUUUAUACCAUCAUGUCUUCGAUAUAUGCUACCAGAGACAACCUCUUGACUGUCAGGGGGUAUUGGCAUCAGUCUUGUUGGCUUUAACUUCCAAAGAACUUCCAGUAGAAGAUAAAUACUGGUUUGCAUAUAAGAGGGUACAGUUUUUAAGGGAACAUGGUGAUAUUCAGACGUUGAAGGCUGCUAUAAAAGAACAAGAUGACCUUAGAGAAGAAUCAGGCUUAAAUCUUGUUAAGGAAAGCGCCAAAAAAUCUAAGGAAGUCAAGAAGGAAGAGGAAAAGAAACCUGAUAAUGAAGAUAAAGAUGAUGAGAAAGAUAAGACAGAAAGCUUGGUAGUGGAGUCUUCAACAACCAUGGAAGCAACAGCAGCUCCGGAAACAUUCACAGUGCCUAAUUCAUUUUCAGCUGAUGGUGCUAUCACAUACAGUCCAAUGGAAGGCUAUGGUUAUGGACAUGCUGAUCCCAACCAGAAUCUUCCUACAGCACAAGAAGUGGUUCAGGGAGUUCCACAACCAAGUAGUGAAGCAAAUGGAAAGGAAUAUCAUAGUGUUCCACCUUCUUGGGAACUUAAAAUAUUACAGAUUGGGUCAUAUGGAGUUUAA